AUGCGCCGCAAGAGCUGGGCGCAGUUCUUUGCGCUCUGCGUGUCUAUCUUUGUUGCGGGGUGGGACAGUGGCACCGUAGGACCGCUGCUCCCUCGUUUGCAGGAGGUGUAUCAUGCAAGUGUUGGAUAUGCCGUCGUUUCACUGAUUUUCAUAGUCAACUGUAUAGGAUUCUUCGUCGGCGCCUCUUCAUUCUUGUAUCUCACAGAUCGAUUCGGCUUCGGAAGGGUGACGUCGUUUUUCGCCGCGGUCGGUUACGCAAUCCAAGCCGCCGGGGUCCCCUUCCCCGCCUUUGUCGUCUCCUUCCUCUUCAGCGGCUUUGGCAUCGCUUUUCUCGACGCGGGCUCGAACUCGUACCUCGCCGGGCUCUCAGAGGACACGUCCUUCAAGAUGGGCGUCAUGCACGCGAUCUUCGGCGUCGGCGCGAUGUGCGCCCCGCUCGUAUCCACCCAGUUCGCGAAGCUCGACACGUGGCACUACGUCUACCUCGUCCACCUCGGGCUCAUCGCCUUCAACGCGCUCACCCAAGCGCUCGUCUUCCGCUUCCGGACCGCCGAAGAGUGCUUGCGAGAGGUGGGCCAGGAGCCGCACGCGAAGACGAAGGCGUCCGAGGAGGGCGUGGGCAAGUACAGGCAGGUGUUCCGCCUCCGCGCGGUGCACCUGAUGGCGUUCUUCAUCUUCACGUACGUCGGCGUCGAGGUGGCGAUCGGAGGCGACUGGUGGAUCGUGACGUACAUCAUCAACGAGCGCGGCGGCGGCGGAAGCUCGGGCUACAUCUCCUCUGGCUUCUGGGGCGGGCUCACUCUAGGGCGGGUCUUGCUCAUCUGGGUGAACGACAAGGUCGGCGAGUGGCGCGUCAUCUUCCUCUACGUGGCUCUCGCAUUCGGCCUCGAGCUCGUCGUCUGGCUCGUUCCCCACCUCAUCUCCGCCGCGGUGUGCGUCUCCUUUGUCGGCUUCUUCCUCGGGCCCAUCUUCCCGAUCGUCAUGAACCACUCCGGGCGCGUGCUCCCCCCAGAGCUCAUCUCGGGCGGGAUUGGGUACAUCUCCAGCUUCGGCUCCGCGGGCGCCGCCGCCUUCCCGUUCGUCACCGGGGCGAUCGCGUCUGGGACGAACAUCGGGAGCUUGCAGCCGCUGCUGAUCGCGAUGAUGGCGCUGAUGUUCGCGAUAUGGGUGUUCGUCCCGCGCACGCGAGAGCAGCUCAGAUAG